CACCAGGAACACUUCUGUGUCUUGAACUGGCUUCCUGGUCCCCAGUCUGUGUAGAUCAUGUCGACCUGGAAACGACGUGGAAGACACUGAGCGACAGAAAAAUAUGAAGCAAACAUAAAUUACACUCAAGAGAAAUUAACGGGGUUUUAAAUCUUUGUAAUUAGAGUAAACUAAAGGAAAGCGUGCAGCUGUUUUGACGUGCCAAAAUUGCAUACGCUUUUGGCCUCUGUUUUUCAUUUCUUUUUAAUGCGAACAUUUUGUUUUACAUAGGGAUACAGUACAGUCAGAAACACACACACAGUAUCAUCAUUUCUAUUUAAAUUAGCGUUCCAUAUUUCAAUGUCAGUCUUAAUUUUUAUGGGUUGAAUUUGAUGAACAGCAGAUAUGUUUUUCGAUUAACUCUUUUUUUGAUAUAUUGUAAAUAAUUAAAAAUAUAUGUAUAUAAAAUAGUCGAUCGUGUGUAGCUAUUGCGUAUCGUAAAUAUACCUAUCGCUUCUUGACUCAACUGUUGUCUGAAUUAUGAGACGUGUCAGUGUUUAAUGAUCGACAAAGUGCUGACAUACUUCUUGACUUGAAAAAAAAAUUGCUUCCUGAAUUGUCUGGAUGUGAAAUAAAAUCUCAAAGACUGGAUAAAGAUAAUAAUGGGCUCCUUAUUCAGAAGCGAGGAGAUGUGCUUGGCGCAGCUCUUCCUGCAGUCUGGGUCCGCUUAUGACUGCAUUAGCGAACUGGGAGAAAUGGGACUGGCAGAAUUCAGAGAUCUCAAUCCCAACGUGAACGCCUUUCAGCGCAAGUUUGUCAACGAGAUAAAGAGGUGCGAAGAAAUGGAGAGAAUCCUCGUUUAUUUGCUGAGAGAAAUUAAAAAAGCAGACAUACCUCUGCCAGAAGGAGAUGUUAAUCCUGUAGCCCCACUACCUAAACAUGUCAUGCUCAUAAUGGAGCAGCUGCAAAAGCUUGAUGUCGAGUUAAGGGAAGUAACCAAAAAUAAAGAAAAGCUGAAGAAGAAUCUUUUGGAGUUGACAGAGUACACGCACAUGCUGAGAGUAACCAGGAACUUUGUUCAGAGGAAUGCAGAGCAGGAGCCUUCACAAUCUCAGUAUGAAGAGUUCCCUUCUUUGGAAAAGGAGUCCUUUAUGGAGUAUACCAACAUGCAGAGGAUGGGGGCCAAACUAGGAUUUGUUUCCGGCUUAAUCCACAGAGGGAAAAUCGAAGCUUUUGAAAGGAUGUUGUGGAGAGUGUGUAAAGGCUACACAAUUCUUAGUUAUGCAGAGAUAGAUGAGAUUAUUGAAGAUCCAUACUCAGGAGAAACCACAAAGAGUGUUGUGUUUUUAGUUUCUUAUUGGGGUGAACAAAUAGGCCAGAAGGUUAAGAAGAUAUGCGAUUGUUACCACUGUCACACCUAUCCAUACCCCAGUAGCAAUGAGGAGAGGAGGGAUGUUGUGGAAGGGCUCAAGACCCGAAUACAGGAUCUGCACACUGUUUUGCACAGAACUGAAGAUUACCUGAGACAGGUCUUGGGUAACGCUUCAGAAUCCAUUUACACUUGGGUGAUCCAGGUGAAAAAGAUGAAGGCGAUUUAUCACAUACUGAACUUGUGCAGCUUUGAUGUUACAAAUAAAUGCCUCAUUGCUGAGGUCUGGUGCCCGGUUGAUGACUUGGCAACAUUGCGCAGAGCACUUGAGGAGGGAUCGAGGCAGAGUGGAGCCACUGUUCCAUCCUUUGUGAAUCGAAUACCAAGUACAGAAACACCUCCCAGCCUCAUCAGAACGAACAAAUUCACGGCAGGGUUUCAAAAUAUCGUAGAUGCUUAUGGGGUGGGCAAUUACAGAGAAGUUAAUCCAGCUCCAUACACCAUUAUCACAUUCCCCUUCCUCUUUGCCGUGAUGUUUGGAGACUUCGGACACGGGAUAAUAAUGGCUCUGUUUUCAUUGUGGAUGGUUGUGUUUGAAAACAAUCCCACACUAAAGAAAACAAGAAAUGAGAUCUGGAAUACAUUUUUUGAAGGAAGAUAUAUUAUUCUAUUAAUGGGAGUUUUUUCUGUGUACACUGGCCUAAUCUACAACGACUGCUUCUCAAAGUCUAUAAAUAUGUUUGGCUCUGGCUGGAGUGUGAAGGCAAUGUUCGAUGCGGAUCACUGGACGUUGGAAAAUCUUGGAACAAAUCGUUAUUUAACCCUUGACCCCAAUGUAACUGGUGUGUUCAAUGGACCAUAUCCAUUCGGCAUUGACCCGAUGUGGAACCUGGCCAACAACAAACUCAAUUUCUUGAAUUCCUAUAAAAUGAAAAUGUCAGUCAUCCUGGGAAUUGUUCACAUGACCUUCGGAGUCAUCCUGGGCGUCUUCAACCACAUGCACUUCAGAAAGAAGUUUAACAUCUACCUGGUAUUUCUCCCCGAGAUCCUCUUCUUGCUCUGCCUUUUUGGGUACCUGGUGUUUAUGGUGGUUUAUAAAUGGAUGGCAUAUUCAGCAGAGAAUUCCAGUGUGGCUCCAAGCAUCCUCAUUCACUUCAUUAACAUGUUCUUUUUUCAAGGGACUGAAGGCUUUCAGCCACUCUAUCCUGGUCAGACCGGGUUACAAGUAUUUCUUGUGGUGGUAGCAUUGCUCUCUGUGCCUGUUUUGCUGCUGGGCAAACCACUUUACCUGUAUUGGCUCCACAAUGGAGGCAAGAGCCUUGGGAUGUAUAGAAACGGUUACGAGUUGGUGCGGAGAGGAAGUGAAGAGGAGCUAUCUCUUCUGAGGGCUCAAGAUCUGGAAGAAGGCGUCAGCCACACAGACCAUGGAGCGAGCAGAGACACACAACCAGAGGAGUUUGAUUUUGGAGAGGUGUUAAUGCAUCAAGCUAUUCACACUAUUGAAUACUGCCUUGGCUGCAUCUCAAACACUGCUUCCUACUUGCGACUGUGGGCACUAAGUCUUGCACACGCACAGUUGUCUGAAGUUCUCUGGGAAAUGGUAAUGAGAGUGGGCCUUCGUGUGGACACUGCGUUUGGCAUUGUGUUACUAGUGCCAGUCUUCGGGCUGUUUGCUGUAUUGACUGUGGCUAUUCUGCUUAUCAUGGAGGGGCUUUCUGCAUUCCUGCAUGCUCUACGACUGCACUGGGUGGAAUUUCAGAACAAGUUCUACACUGGUGCCGGAAUCAAGUUCAUUCCUUUCUCCUUUAAACUGCUGUCCUACAGUUUCGAACAAGAUGGUGUGCUUUGAAACGAGUGCUUGGAGACAGGGAGCACAGAAAAAUAACGUGCAACGAGAAUCAUGACAUUGAACCUCAUAGGCUGUAGUUUUAUUUUUUGUACUAAACUGGUUUGUUGCACUGACUGCCUUUACAUAAUGCAAGCAAAUAUCUACAUAUCAUAUUUUAUUAAGAAUCUCAUAUUUUCAAAAUUUCGCAUCUCAGCGGUUGUUAUAGAUAGUCCUUUAACAUAAAUAAUAGUUUUCCAUUUUUCACUGUGAACAUUGUACAAUUCAUACUGUUUCAUGAUGAAUAGUGUAGAGUGAGGGGCUUGGGUUAUUGCUGGUUUCAGUUGUUUACUGAGAAGCAUUUUGCUUUCUUAGUAAAACACUCCUUAAAGACAAUGUUCGUGAUGGGUUCUGUCAUUUAAAAUUGACAACAGAUAUUAUUUUUUGAGAUAUGAUGAUGGGAGGCCCAUAAAUAAAUGUAACAGCAUAUAAAUUCAAGAAAUAAUGGUGAUUAAUCUAAUACUAAAAUAGUUUUUAAUAUUUUAUACACAAUGUUGUUUUUGCAUUCAAAUAUAUAGUAAGAUGUUGGAACAGGUGUUUUAUAAGCAACAAGUAUGGCAUGGUGUAAGCUGUGUUUUGCUUGCAAAUGAAUGUACAUUUGUAAACACAGUACAUUGUGAAUGUGUUUUGAGCUGAGUAUUCAUUCCAUUGUAUUUCUCCAUUGAGAGUGCUGCAGUUUGAAAAGGUAGGAGUAGAAAAACCGAACAACUAGUUGUAAGCCUUGUACAGUAUGUCAUGAUGAUUCUGAGGAUCCAGAAGAGCUUGGAGGAUGAGACAGAAACUUUGGUUUACCAAAACAGUCCAGAAAUUGUGUUCUGCUCCAUGGAGGACAAGCAUUUUGGAGAGGGACUGGUGGGCAACUCUGAGGCUGGAACUCCUGGCAGACAGAUUCGUUACGCAAACGACCAAGUAUAUAAGAGCUCACAGUUCCUCUGCAAGGCUUUUUAUUUUAUUUUGUUUUAUUGUAUUUAUUUAUGUAUUUUGGGCAGGAAAAAAAAAUCAAAUAAGCUAUUUUAUGAAUUACUCUCUUUAGCAAACAGCUUUGUGGUUAACUAAAAAUGCAAAAAUAAUACGUAUUCUGUAUCCAACAUCAUAAAAAGCCAAAUUUUGACCCUAUAUAUUUUGUUUUUCUUCAAUUUGAGCUUGUACACUGUAUGAUCUUUUAAAACACAUGCUGUAUAAGUAGCAAAACACAUUCCACUUGUUUCUGUUUAAGCGCUACAUAAAACGGUUUGUCUUGUGUGUAUAUUUUGAUCUGACUAAUUUAGGAUUUUGCAACAUGACUACAUUGGAAAUCGUUUUAAAAAGACCAAGUAAUUAUUUGCUAAUAAGUUAAUAAAGUAAUAAUAAUUGAA